UGGACAUUCGUGGGUCAAAAUAUAGAAUUUGCAGUUAGAAAAUCCCUUCAAAAGCAGAACUACAGGAAUUUUUGGUUUCAAAAGUUUAUAUGUUACACAGAGAAACAUUACUGGAAUCAAAAAAUAAUGGUUCAAUAGAAAGAAACUGAAUACUACCCCUAAAUUUAUUGCCCCAAACUUCGCCGAAGACAUUUUCGCCCCAGAAGAGAAGAAAGUUGAUAAAACAUGGCGGGCGCGGGGAACAACAGAGCGAAACGUGCCUGGAAACUUGAGGAAUUUGUUGCCCAUGGCGGCAAUGUCAACUGUUUGGCCCUUGGCCAGAAAUCUGGAAGAGUUAUGGUCACUGGUGGAGAUGAUAAAAAAGUCAACACCUGGGCUGUCGGAAAGCCCAAUGUCAUCAUGAGUUUAUCAGGCCAUACCAGUCCAGUGGAAACUGUCCGAUUCGGUCAUAAUGAAGAGUUAGUUAUUGCUGGUUCCAUGUCAGGUGCACUGAAAAUCUGGGACCUUGAGGCAGCUAAAAUUGUCCGCACGCUCACUGGCCACAAGGCCAACAUUCGCAGUCUGGACUUCCACCCUUAUGGUGACUUUGUCACUUCGGGGUCUGUGGACACAACAGUCAAGUUAUGGGAUACUCGCAGGAAAGGGUGCAUAUUCACGUACAAGGGUCACACCCAAGCAGUGAACUGUUUGAGGUUCAGUCCAGAUGGCCGUUGGAUUGCCUCAGCAGGAGCAGACGGCUCUGUGAAGCUCUGGGAUCUGACAGCUGGCAAAUUACUUAAAGAAUUCGGCAAGCAUUUUGAUGCAGUCAACUGUCUUGAGUUCCACCCAAAGGAGUUCUUGUUGGCCUCUGGAAGCUCAGAUAGGUCUGUUAAAUUUUGGGAUUUGGAAACGUUCAAGCUUGUCAGCACCACUGACAGCAAUUCAGGACCGAUCAGGACGAUAUGUUUCCACCCAGAAGGUUCGAUGUUGUUUGCAGGAAGCCCAGAGGGUGUAUGCACGUACACGUGGGAGCCUUCACGGUGUAUCGACACGCUACAAAUGGGAUGGGGCAACGUGGGAUCUCUUGCUAUGGCAUCAAGUUCUAAACACGUACAAAUGGUAGCAGCGUCCUACAAUAAGACGAAUGUGUCAACGUAUGUUGUGGACUUACAAGCUAUGGAUCAGGCUGGGGAUGCCCCUGGUCCACAAAGUCCCCCACCGCCAUUGAUAUUGAGUGGGAGAAAAAACUUCAUUACAGAGAGACCUGCUACACAGUCAACGAGACAGAGUGAACCAAAAGAGGAACCAGAGGAGCACUCAUCCUCACCCCAGGAAGACCCAGGCGACGAUGAGUCAUCGAUCGCUGAUAUCCAACAACCUGAUGACUACAAUAAAAUAUUCCAUCCAUCUAGACGUCUAACUCACUCCCCACCAAGAGACAGACCAUUCCAGGCACCAGAUAGUCCUCCAGAACGAGAUGACUUCAAAACACACGUCGUCCAAGCACCAAAAGAGCCACCAUCACAACCUCAGAAGUCUUCCCAGCCCCCUCCAUUGAAACAACCGGUACAGCCCACGCCAACCCCUGCUGCAAGGGAACCGUCAAAACCCGUCGCACCUACCCCUGCUGCGAGGGAAACCUCAAAACCUGCAGCACCUUCUGUGCCGGAAGUGGUGCCAGCCAAUAGACAUAGACCAAUUGGAUUAGAUGCCGAGGCAUUUUUACCAAAACACGUUAAUCCGGUGGUGCAACAGGUACAAUCCGAAUCGACUAUAGUCACUGCAAUAACUCGGGGCCACGAUUCGAUGCAAGCUGUGAUGCAAAAUAGAGGCAAAAACUUACAGAUAGUCCGAGCGUUGUGGUCUGGGGGAAACGUCAAGACUGCUCUAGAUUCGGCUAUUAGCAUGAGUGACCAAGCUGUGAUUGUAGACCUUCUCAAUAUUUUACAACAAAGAGUAUCAAUAUGGAAUUUAGAAUUAUGCGCAACAGCUUUAGGACAGUUGGAACCUUUGUUAGGCAGCAAAUAUGAAAAUUACACAAGUGUUGCAUGUAAUACACUACGACUUAUCCUGAAGAACUUCUCAUCUGUGAUCAAAUCAAACGUCUCUGCCCCACCAUCAGCCGGAGUGGACAUUAGUCGCGAAGAAAGGUAUCAUAAGUGUCAAGAGUGCUACAAACAGUUGAUGAAUAUUCGUUCAGUCUUAUCUGCUAAAAAGAAUGAUCAGGGCAAACUCGGGAGUACGUACAGAGAACUGCAUUUAAUGAUGAAUAUGCUCGAAUGAACUCACUGCAACUCCAUUUCAAUAAAGUGUAUUCAAGGUGAUUUCUGCUGUUGCGAUAAUAGCCUGGAACUACCAUGGAGUUUGGUUCAUAUGAGCAGUCCAGUUGCACACAGUCUCAAGAGUUAACCUUGCUAGAAUUGACAUCAGUGAAAGCUGCAUUGUAGGAUGUGUAUUGGGAUACUUAAUGCAAUACAAACUGUAGGACUGCUGCACAAUCACCAAAAUAUAUGUGGCUAUCAUUAUCAGGCCUAACAAGGUUUGUCAUUAGAAAAAGUGAAUAAGCCAUUUUGGAUGUAAAAUUUACGUCAUUGACCCAUGUGGCACUGUUCGUUGUCGACACAACAAUGGUAGUGGUGUAGUCAACCAAGGUGCUAUCCACACAUGCUGCCCUUUCCACUUAGUCGGCAGGUUAAACGACGUGAUUUGACAUCCUGAAUGGAUGCCCAGAUAGUGUCCCAGCAUGGCCUUGGUUCUAAUCAGCAUUGUAACCAAUGGAUUGCAAUUUAUGGGUAUUAUGUUGUUAGGGGUUUUGACAAAUUUGGUUUUGAUGGAGCUGCAGGAACUAGGUCGCCCACUCUUUUUACAAUGGGCUGUAAGUAUAGUCUGCAUAUCCAAGAGGGGGGACUGAGGUCAUGACAGCUGGACAAAACGUAUGGCUGAGUAUUUGAUGAUGCAAAAAUAGCUUUCGGGCUAACUAAAAUUGACCAAGUGUGUCUGUGAUCUUGCAUUUGAUACACUUUUCCAAAUUUCACGAAAUGUUUUUUACAGCCUUACGGAAGGGCUAAAUUCACUUUGUUUUAUGGUAAAGCUGAAUAAUUGGGAUGAAAUGUUGGCAAUAUAUACCCACAGUUACAGGAUUUCAGUGAUUAUUCCUGUCAGUUCAUAUCAUACCAGAAUAUUGCUCGAGUGUUUUGUUUUCUCACUUUCUGUAUCACAUGGUUUUCUUGAAUUAAAAAUGGAAAAUUUGAUAAUACGCCGGUCGUGUCACCCUCUCAGUAUGAUUCAGGAGAUGGGAUCAAUAUAUUCACAGCCAUUCUAAUUUGCGGUUUUGUUAAAUUGCAACUCGGGGGUGGGUUUUUUUGAAAAGGGCUUCAACAUCACAUGUACGGUAGUUGUUCUACUUCUAAUCCGAUUUGCAAAAUGUUAAAUAAUAGAUGUGCUAUAAGAAUUUUGGUUGCCUCUGCAGGAAUUGGCUUGGCUGAGAGUAAAACCAAACCCUUGCUUCUUUUGUCACCUGGCAAUCAGUUGUUUGAUUGCAUAGGUCUACAGCUUGUUGUUCACUGGGCCAGUGACUGGCUUCUUCACAAGAGGUGCAAGGACUUUGUGACGAUGGGAUCACAGUUGACAGUUGAAAAAUGUGUUUGCCCAAUGUGACUAAUUCAGAUUUCUGCAUCAAUGUUAUAUUGUAAGUCGUACCGGUAGUAUUUUCUUGCCAGUGGUGAAUGUGAUGUGAUAUUUUGUUAAAACCCCGACACCAGUCUUUCAUACAUGUAUGUCAUCAUCAUCUCUGGAGAAAUCAUACCAGAUAGAUCCUGAUGGUGUUGCACAAGUGGUGCCAUCUUAUUCCCAUGUGAGAAUAGAGUUCGUGUGGAAUGAGCUUCCAACCUUCCUCAGCCGACUGUGUGUUCAGUACCGAAUUAACUGAUUUGCUUUUGCGUUGUAAAUAUCUAAACAGUAGCACUGACAUACAUGUAAUAACAAUAAUGUGACAUGAUGUUGGUGAAGCCAUUUAAAAAUUCCGUAUACCAGGCUUCCAUUGCUAGAGUUUUUCCACACUUUUGUUGCCGCUGUGUGGGAAUACAGGGUGUUUGUAUGGGCAAUAGGGACUACAGUCGUUCAGCAAUUUUCACUUUCACUUUGGGCUCAUUGCGGAGCUACACACUGCUGGUCUUUACUCCUGUCAACAUCCAUACUGGCUUUGAACUACUCAGACAUGCCUUGUAUAUCAUAUGAUUUUACUUCACCUGUCAUACAAAGAAAAUAUGCCACCACAAGUUCAAACUUGAGACUCAAAUUCCUAGGUGCGCUGUUUCCGAAGGAAACCAUGGGAGGUGAUAUCAGUGACUUUGCUUCAAGGAAUUUUUAGACUCGAGGAACGUGCUUAUAUCAUGAAAUAUUAAUGAAACAGCAAACUCUAAAAACCUACUGGGAAAGUUUAUAUCAGGUGGCUUCUGUUCUGUUUAAUUUUACACCAUUCAAAUAAAUAGCAUGCUAAUUAUGAGUUCUUUAUAUUGCUAAUACUAAUGUCAUAGACAUUUGGAUCUUAAUAUCUAUUAAAUUUUUACUUUUGCCCAAUCCGUUCCAUUUUCACGUUGUGCUUUGUGUUCUCGCCUUUUGUAUUUAUUUUUAAUUGAGUGUAAAUAAAUCAAUUGUUGGUUGUCUGGCCAACCUUUAAUUGUGGUGUCCGAAAUGAAUAUGUGCAUGGUGACCUACAUGUAUUGUGUCAGUCUGUGCAUAGGUAUGUACUGAAUAAAUUGUCAGAAGCCUUCGUGAUUGUCAAGAUUUGAACACCAACAUUUACAAUGUUUAAUGGACCUUGAACUAGAGUGUACGAAGUCCAAACGGACAUUGACCAAUUUUACAGUCCCAUAUUUUUCUGAUUGACGUUUUGUACAUGUAUGGGUGUGCAGCAUACACAACUGACUUAUUAUGGGAAGCAGUUUUUUCCACUUCUCUUCAACGGUUAGAAUGCUGGACUUUCGGCCUGGUGGUCACGGGUUCGACUCCCCGUAAAGACUUCCUUCAGUAGAAAUACAUGUAUGUCACAACCAUCUAGUGUUCCUGUUACAGGUUGAUACCACAAUUAUAGGCAUGCCCGGGACCUCUGCACCAGGAGAGUAAUAUGAUAUGAAGAGAAUGUCUAAUAUGAUGACAGUUCUUCUCACUGACACUUGUUACUGGAUACAGAAAAUUUAUGAUAAAUAAAAAAGUAAAAAGUAUCAAGGAA